GCCAAUGUACUGAUCACUCCAGAAACAGCUAAUGGAAUGUAAAACACAUUUUACAUUUACAUUUACGCCUUUUUUAAAAAUUUCUCCGUGCAACUUCACCGUCUCUGCGGAAAGUCGAAAACCCUAUGCUCAAUUUGAUACUGAUCUCGUACAUUACGACCAUUGUCGUUAACAAAAAUCUCAGAUCGUCGCAAUCAGAAGUAAAGGGCCAGACUCUGCGGGUGGCGGAUUAACAGAUAGAAGAGAAGAUCUGAAGCACGUGACGUAUACGUGCAGGUGUACAUAGACACAUACAGGUGAGAGCUUGUGAAGUAGAGAUGGUGAAGUUAACUAUGAUUGCUCGUGUUACUGAUGGGCUUCCUCUAGCUGAGGGCCUCGAUGAUGGCCGUGAUAUGCAAGAUGCUGAAUUCUACAAGCAGCAAGUAAAGGCAUUGUUCAAGAAUCUCUCAAGAGGCCAGAAUGAGGCUUCAAGAAUGUCAAUAGAAACUGGCCCUUACAUUUUUCAUUAUAUUAUUGAAGGGCGUGUUUGUUAUUUGACAAUGUGUGAUCGUGCUUAUCCAAAGAAACUUGCGUUUCAAUACCUGGAGGACCUUAAGAACGAAUUUGAGCGUGUCAAUGGGAGUCAAAUCGAAACUGCAGCUAGACCUUACGCUUUUAUAAAAUUUGACACGUUCAUACAGAAAACUAAGAAAUUGUACCAGGACACAAGAACUCAACGGAAUAUUUCAAAGUUGAAUGAUGAACUCUAUGAGGUUCACCAGAUAAUGACUCGCAAUGUGCAGGAAGUUCUUGGUGUUGGUGAAAAGUUGGAUCAGGUCAGUCAAAUGUCUAGCCGCUUGACAUCAGAGUCUCGCAUAUAUGCUGAUAAAGCAAGAGAUUUAAAUCGACAGUCAGCUCAAGAAAGUGGAGUUAUACAGAGUGCACAGCUCAUAAGUGGUGCUGUGUUUUUAUUUGCACUUGUGCUGAGGAAUUCUUAUUUGCAUUCAGAGUAA